AUGAAGGACCAGACGAUAAAGAACCAGAGAGUGAUGAAGGAGAACAGCCAGGUGAGAAUAAUACAGAAACUGAGGAAGAACAACCAGAUGAAGUGCCAGGAACUUGAUUUACAAACUCAGCUUAGCACCGGUGUGAGAUUCUUUGACAUGGAGUUGAAGACAGGGAUUAUUGAUAAAACAAUCCUUUAUGUCAAGAUUGGAAAUAUCUUCAAAUAUGUCAAGUUCACAGAUGUUCUGAAUACUUUUAAAGUAUUUUUAAAUGAACAGAAGUUAGAAAUCUUGCUUUUACGCCUUACUCCUGACACAAACGCUGUUCACCUAGUAAAAAAACUGCUUAGUGAAGACACGUAUGUGUGGAUGGAACCAAACAUACCUUCCGUUUCUCAGGUCAGGGGCAAAAUAGUCUUGCUUCAAAGCUCAACCUUUCAUCUAGGGAUUGCUAGUGGCGUCACAUUUACAUUUCAUAAUGGAAAACCCAAGGAAGAGCAAUUGCCAGAAAACCUUAGCCAAGCUGGGAAAUAUUGUGCAAGUCACUUGGUUAUCACAGAUACCAGCACUACAAAUAUAUUUGAUGUGCCGGAAAAAGUGGCUGAGAAAUUCAACAAAGUGAUAGGUAAACAUCUAGAGGAGCUUUUACAUGACUCAAAUGGUCCAUCUUGUCUUGGAGUGAUUGCCAUGGAUUUUCCAAAUCAAGAGAUCAUCAAGAAAAUUAUUGCUUUCAAUUUAAGAGGAGCAGCAAAGUCAUCAUCAAAGAUGCAUAAGGAGAGGCAUGAAGCUAGAAACAGUGACUGA